GCAGUUGAUCAAGACAGUUUAAGAUCAAGACAGAGAUUUUUGCGUUGAUCGAGUGGAAAAAUACGCCAAUGUGACCGCACAACGGUAAAUUAUCCAGAUGAUCAAUGAAGAUUUGAACUUUAUGUGUGUGUGCGACACUUUUGUUUUUUUCUUCUUCUUCUUCUUCGAUUACAUACGGUAGAAAAUCCGAAAAUCAGCACGUACAAAAGUUGCCGUCUAAGGUGCCAGUACGAGUAAAUGUGCGUGUGCGCACGCGACAUUAAACUUAGAAAGAAGUAACGAAAAAGUGAAAUCUAUUGACCCGUUGUGAAGAAGACCUACGAAAUAAAAAGAGAGUACAUGAAAAUUUCACAUUAAACGCAAAAGCAAAAAAAAAAUCAUAACAACAGCAGCAGCAGAAAAAAAAGCAGUGAUAAUAAUAACAAGUCAUGCGUAAACAUAGUUUGAUGGUAAGCAUCUCUCACCAGAUCACUAGUUUGUGCCAAACACACGGCAGCAUAUAAAUUGUGUGUAUGUGAACGAGAGCGCACGCCGACUUUGUGUACCUCUCCACAAACACCGAAAGCUUCGAAAUCUGCAUAGAAAUAUUGAUUGAGAGAAGAAGAAGAAGAAAAAUAGAGAUAACAAAAAGAAAAAUACUACCAUAGCGACGAUAAUGGUGCUCUGUGGUGAAUGAAGAGUGGCUGAAGGCUGAAAUGAAACACAUUGGGGGCCAUCGGGAGAAAUUAUCAGUAUGAGUGCGUCAGUAUAUACCUGAAACGCGCGUUGCUAAGACGAUGACAGUCUAGCAUGAACAAGCACCGAUAACAUUACAUGGCAUCAAAGACAAAGACGGGAAGCAUUGUGUGAUAGACGAUCGGUUGCGUGCCAAUUUGAGUGCUCAUCUCGUAUCUAGAGCGAAUUUUUUAAUGCCACAAACUACAUAAAUAUCCUACAAAUUUCAAAACAAGCCAAAGUGUGGUGUUUGAACGAAUCGAAAAUGUGCUAUCGGCUUUAAACGGAUUUCUACCACCGAAUCGCACGCGCUUGUAGUUGCAAAGAAACAAAAACCUCUUAGAAAGUGCAAUGCAAACGAAUCAAGCACAUGACAACAAUUUAUUUGGACUCGGUACAAUUGUGUAUAAAUGAAGUUAUAGAGCCAGUGAAUGUCAAUCGAGAAUCAAUUUAUGCUUUACAAUUAUCAAAAGACACUAAUCCACACAACAUAUCAAUUUCAUUCAAUAUUACACAUGACGAAUGGCUGAAACCAGUUGAAACAAAAAAAUAUCUAAGACGUGUAUAGAAACUAAUUCCAAAGAAGUGCGACGAUAAACAAACAAAAAUACGAAAAAAAAAAAUAUUUGUGAGUUGUCACUCAUGGAACGGUGAAAAUUUGCAAUCGUAUGAUUUUUUCCGUUUGGUGUAAAAAUAAAAACAAAAAAGAAAUAGAUGUAGAUUUAAAACAGGCGCCAACUGAUUUGUUUUCUUUUGUAUACGCAAAGCAUUCAGCAUCGCAAAUCGUUUUAAGUCGGAUGAAUUUUUCAUAUUGCAUUAAUCAAAAGUGCACGUAAAAUUUGUGAGAAAGAAAUUUAUGCAUAAUUUGUUUCUCUCAAAGCUUUUCGCUUUGAUUAUGCGUGACUCUGUAAAAUAAAAAUCAAUUUGAAACAAUCAUACGAAUUUUGAUCUCCAUCCUUGCCGAAGAGAAUUAUCCGGAGAUUAGUCGGAGCGCAUCGCAUCCAGAAGAUUCAAUUCGAGCCUAUUCACAAUUUAAUAUCCAAACAAAAAACGGCAAGUAAAUUACCAACGACACACAUUUAUCCAAUGGCGAUAUGAGUGACCCCAUAAAAUUGGCAUUCAGACAAGCAUUUCCAAUUCAUGUAGCCGUUUUUGUUGUUUUAACUUGUUGGUUCUCAUUAGCUGAAUACGCGUUUGCAGAAAUCACCGAUCAUACCAAAUUAUUUCCGGAGCAACAUGAAGUUGAGAAGCUGGUACGCGAAUGGGCACCAUUAGUUUGGCUUGCACCAAAUGAAAAAUUUAUGCCAGGCGACGUGACCGAUUUUCUGCAGCACGUUCACGCUGAAAAAGCUAAAAAAUCGAAAAACGCACAUGCCAACAACAACAAUCAUAACAACAACCACAUCGCAUACGAUCAACAAUUUCAAUCGGACGAUGGUGACGAUGAACAAUUGUAUUAUUAUGAAACAGCCAACGAACUCAAUGUUAUACUGUCACAACAAGAUCGACAUCCAUGGGAACGACGUCACAAACGAAUGUACAAAGACAAUUAUUUAUUCAAUUACAUCAUUGACCUGCCGAUUGGCGACCACUCUUCCAAUUGGUUUCUUGUUACAAACGAUAACAUUGAUGAUUUAUUGACUGAUCAAACAUCAUUUAUUUAUGGCCAAAGUCCAAGUACAGGAAAUGUUCCAAUUUAUGCGAUGGUAACUCUAUGCAAUUCACAGCCCUUAGAAAAUGAACCGGAUGAUAUUCAAUCGAAUCUAAUUGAUUCAAAAAUUGGCCGUCAUCAAGCAACCUAUAUACCUGUGUCAAAUUCAUUACUAAAACAUACAUUCACUCAAACCAAAAUACAAUCGGCAGUACCGCGGCCGGUGUCCAUAUCAAAACGUUUCGGUGCACCCGAUGAUAAAAAUGUAACAUUAAAUGCAACAAGACACAAACGUGAAUCGCAAGAGACGCUCACAACCAUCAGCACAUCAACCAGCAGUACCAUUACGAAUGCCACCGGCACUGCCACCAUCACCACCAUAAUUACCCAAUUGGAUGAGGUGACAAAAGCAACUGAAUCAAGUACAAUGCAAACGAUGUCAAAUGAAUCAUCGAAUGAAACCGUUGAGCUAAAUGAAAAUUAUGAUUCAAAUGAAACGGUCAAAUCGACCGAUUUGCCGAUAAAAAGCAGCUCAUAUCCCAGUUUUCAUGUAACAUAUUGGAUGUUUUAUCCAUACAGUCAAGGUAAAUCGAUAUGCACGCUAAGCUUGGGUCCGUUUGGAAAUUUGCCCAUACCGCAAAUAUUUGGAGUUUGCUUAGGUACAAAAAAAGAUUUCGGCAGUCAUGUUGGCGACUGGGAACAUAUGACAUUGUAUUUCAAUGGACGAAAAGAGCCAGAUCAAAUGUAUGUUUCAGCGCACGAUGCCGGUGCAUAUUAUCAAUAUGAACGUUUGACCGGUACAUUUGAUUUUCGGCGACAGGAAACCCGAAAGGGAAUUUUACAACAUCCAAAUUUUCCUCGUACCGUUGUCACAUCAAAGAAUCAUCCGGUGCUAUUUUCCGCGCAAGGUUCACACGGUUUAUGGACGGCACCUGGUAAACAUCGAUUUGUGCGUGUUGCACGAUUAUUCGAUAUAAAUGGUUUUGGGACAGCAUGGCCAACAUGGAAACAGGUGGAAAUUUCAUUUGAUAGCGAACGAACCGGACGUUCGAUUGGCCCUGAAUGGCUGAGAUUUUUCGGUCGAUGGGGAAAUCCAAAGAGCAGAUGUCAUCCGCUAAAAAAACUUGGUCUCAAUUUUUGCGAAUUUUCCGAUGGGCCAACCGGCAUUCCAUUGAAGAAACCGCACUUCUUUUGUCGCAAAUGAUGAGUACAACUUGUUUGCACACAAAACAAACGAUAUGAAAAAAGAAAAAAAGAUUUUAAAUGAAUUUAUUGGGCGAGAAACGAAAUUGUUUAAAUGAUUGCAUAAA